AUGUGUCCUUUGUCAUACCAGUGCACCGUGUCACACCUUGACAAGCUUUUCACCUCCUCUUCAUGCCCCCCAUCGCCUCGCUUUGCAGCACAGCUUAGCUUCGUUCCUUCUCUUUCCCCCGCCCCAUCCCCUAAUUAUGCUCAGGAUUUCCCAUUUCUUUACGCACUUCUCGCGUUUCCCCCUUUCUUCUCCCUCUCGUCGUCCUCUCUUCCAGCUGAUCCCCUUCUCUCGCAGCCGAUUUCGGGCUACUCAAGCUGCUCCCUUACUUUCCCCAUCAUCGCUCCACCUCUUCUCUUCCCACUCUCGUCUCCCUCUCCCUCUUCCAACCCUUCCUUGUCCCCAGCCCCACUGUCUCUCCAGCAGAGGCUGAAACUAGCAGCAGGCGCAGCAGACGGAGUGGCCUACCUGCACAGCUUCACAGUGCCCAUCAUCCACCGCGACCUCAAGCCAGGGAACAUCCUCGUGGGCCCCCACAGCCUCGCCAAGAUUGCUGACUUUGGGCUGCUCAAGCUGCUCUCCCACGCUGAUGGGGGCGACGAGCGCACGCGCGUGGCAGGCACGCCGGGGUACCUGGACCCGGAUUACAACCGCACGCAUGUGGUGUCGGAUAAGAGUGACGUGUACAGGUAUGCGGCUUUAAUGCUCUUGGUGCUGCUGGAGCUGCUGACGGGGCUGCUGCCCAUCUUUGCCCACUUCUGUUUGUCUCCUCCUUCCCCCCCCACUUCCCUCUUGUGGACACACGUGCAGCUUCGGGGUGGUUCUGCUGGAGCUGCUGACGGGGCGCAGGGCAGCAGUGGAGGGCACCGACAGCCACAUCAGCGACUGGGCAGCGCAGAGGGUGCAGCAGUACGAGCUGGGAGAGCUCAAGGACCCCACACUGACAGGCUCUCAUCUCACUCGCUUGCUCCACCCUCUUUGCACCUACUGCAGGCAGCACAGAGGGUGCAGCAGUACGAGCUGGGAGAGCUCAAGGACCCCACACUGGAUGCUCCAGAGGACGCCAUAGUCGACCUCGCAGACGUGACCCUGGACUGCCUCAAGAUGCCCGCCUCCCUCCUUAGCAACCACCGCCGCCCUUCCCUUGCGCUACCCUCGUCUCCCAUGCUGCAGGCAGCGCAGAAAGUGCAGAAAUACGAGUUGGGAGAGCUCAAGAACUCCACGAUGGAAGCACCAGAGGACGCCAUAGUCGACCUCGCAGAUAUCGCGCUGGACUGCCUCAAGAUGCCCGCCUCCCGCCGCCCCUCCAUGCGCGACGUUGCCCGCCGCCUGCACGGCAUGCUGGCCCGGUACUGCGCUGAUGACGGGGCUGAUGCUUGUGAGGCCAGCCCGCGUGUAGAGACAGGGAGGGCGUUUGGUGGUGGCAGUGGUGGUGGGGGUGAGAACAGCACCACGGGGUUGUUUGACAGCAGCUUGUGGUCUGAGGGGCCGAUCGAAUGA